CAGCCAGUUGUGUGAAGGAAGGGAAUGCAUACCGUAUGCAUGCCCGCUAAGUAAGAGGCCCUGGCCUCGGCAGGGCUGCAUGCCGCACUGCCAUAUGUAGGUGCACAAACUGCAAUAAAGCGUGUGGCAGCAUUGCGGCUGCUUGCAAACUCGCAACCGAUCAUCGACCUCUCCUGCAAUCGUAGAAGAUCCUGCUCUCCUUUCAGCGUUUUCAAAGAGGGCUGCAGCUCACACAAAUCAAGGGGCGCCUUACAAACUGCAUGCAUGACUUUGUGUUGAGGUAGCGAGGCGUCACCUUCAAACGGCCCGCUGAUGUCCCCAGCGCUGUAGCAAGACGCUGAAUGCUCUUGCAGACGUGCAUCAGCCUUGAGUCAACUCGAUUGCUAACAACAAUUGGACCUAGAGCUCAGAGAACAUCACUUCACUACACAGGCAAAAGCCACAGAAGUAGUGCCUGCCAACUGCUUGUAGUUUGCGACGCACAGGACUACCCCAGCAGCUUGAAAGUCCAAAUUGAAGCCGUUUUAGUGCAAUUGCCAGCAUGUGUCGCCUUAUGGUGUAUCUGGGGGACCCUAUUGUGGUCGCUGACCUGGUCACUCGCCCCAGCCACUCAGUCAUGAAGCAGUCCUUUGCAGCCAGAGAGCGGUUAACAGGGGGCCCAGGAUACAUUCCUCUGUCCAUCAACGCUGAUGGUUGUGGGAUCGGUUGGUACGCCCGUGAAGUUGAGCGCAAAGACGGAGAUGUGACUCCAGGCAUCUACACUAGCAUCAGCCCGGCAUGGAACGACGUAAAUUUGGAAAGGAUCACACCAAAGAUUGUUUCGCCCCUCAUCUUUGCACACGUCCGGGCUGCAAUGGUUGGGACACCUGUUGUCCAGAUGAAGUGCCAUCCUUUCUCAAUUGGCCGCUAUAUGUGGAUGCACAACGGCGAGAUCGGCGGUUUCAGCGCGCUGCGCCUGCCGCUGCUAAACGCACUGCGUCCCGAAGUCGCGCAGAAGUGCCCCUGCUUCGAGUCGGACACUGCGGUUGCCUUUGCAGUCUUCCUUAACCAGCUCGACGACCCAAUGGUUCAACUCGCGCCAACGGCCCUGGCGCCCCUCAUGGCCGCUACCAUCGCCACCAUUCGCCACGUGGCAGUCCAGAACGGGCGUGGCGACGAGACCAGCAUGCUCAACUUCGUCGUGUCGGACGGUCGGACGGUUGUCGCGGCGCGGUACACGAAUGCUACGGAUGAGCCUGCGUCGCUGCACUAUGCAACCGGGUCCGCUUUCAGAAGGAAGAAGGAGGCGUCCGCAGACUUCCGUUUGGAGUACCACGACAAACGGAGCCGGUUAGGGUUAGUGGCGUCGGAGCCGCUAACCGACGAGGUGGCCGACUGGGCACAGGUCCCUCCUAACCACAUGGUGGUGUUAAUGCACUCGGAGGGCAGCUUUGUGGACACACUAGUACUCCCGAUCGACUGCGAGAGCCCAGAGGUCCAAGACCACGUGACCCGCUGCUUCCGCGCGCUGGACCAGUCGAUCGCCGACAACGCCCCGCAGGCCCUCCAACAAGCGCCCGGGGGGAUCCCCCGGGCCCUAAAGCGGCCUUCGUUUGCCACCGGGGAGGACGUACCGGUCGCAACGGCUCCCGAGACGAUUUUCGAGGAGACGGGGCAGAGCGUGCUGUCGGUGGCUGCGGACGGGACACGUGUCUUCUCGGGGAGUCCCGCUGGGACAAUCCACGUGUUCGAUUUGCAGACAGGCAAGCUGUUGCACACACUUGACGACCACAGCCAUGCGGUGUUUUCUCUGGCGGUAGCCGAUGGCCGCCUCUUCAGCAGCAGCAUGCGAGUUGUGAACGAGUGGGACCUGACAAGCCCCGACGGCGCCGCGCGCGCGCGGCCGCGCCUCCUCUCCACACGUCACCACAGCGACGGCGACGUGCUGGCGCUCGCGGCUGCUAAAGGUGUCGUCAUCGGUGGUCCCCGUGACGUCAGCAUCCACGUGGAGAAAGCGUGCGCCGACGGCGUCACGCAGAACAGCGAGGCCACGGUGGGCGAGCAGAAGGGUGAGCUGGUGCGCGCGCGCGCGCUCCUGACGGACGCGCUGACGGGAGGACACGUGUCCACCGUCUACGCGGUGGUUGUCAGGGGCCGGUGGCUGUUCAGUGCCGCUGGGGAUGCAGCCGUGAAGAUCUGGGACCUCGACGCCGGCAAGCACAAGGCCAGCCUGUACGGGCACGCCGGCGCCGUCAUGGCGCUCGCGGACGUCCAAAAACAGCCCUCCUCCGGACCCGAUGCGGACGCCCAGAAAGAGCGAUCGAACGGUUCGGACGCCGCGACCAGCCCAUCGGACGGCCAGGAGGAGCGUUCAGACGCUCCGGACGGCGGGUUUUGGCUCCUGAGCGGCGGCCGCGACAACAGCGUCCGCGUAUGGGACACGGACACACGGGAGUGCGUUCGCGUUUUGAAGGGCCAUGCGGACGAUGUGCUGGCGCUUUGCGGGGGCUUCGGCGGCCGCUUUUACAGCGCAUCUGCCGACGGGACCAUACGAGCCUGGAGCACUGCGACCUGGUCAUGCACUCAGAUCUUCCACCACGAGGAUACCGUUCCGUUGGCGAUAUGGCCAACGGAAAGAGGUGUUGGGAGCGGAGCGGCGGACGGGAAAGUGCGUUCCUGGUUGGUCGACAGAAAGUAGGACGUGGUGAAGCUUUUGUUUGUACAAUAUGCACGCGCAACACUUUUAUGACACUUACCCUCAGAAGCGAACAGCAAGAACUGGCGAGGCGCACAGGCGUCAAGGAACUUGAUUACCGGUAAGAUAGAUGAAGAGGCCUCAGACAGGAAACGUUCUUGAGAGCUUUGCAGACAUCGCGAUUUCGAUGUCAACGGGACAAUCUAUGAGCAUCGGCGAUUUUGAAAGGAGCCGGCGUCUAAGAUCCCGCUCGUAGUUUACCGCCAAGAUUCUCCACGAUCAAUCUGGCCUGUUGUCUGGUGAUUUGUCAAAGCCACACUCGUUUCGAGUCUGCCGGUG